AAGGUGAACACCUCUGGCCGGACCUGAGCUCUCAUCUCAGCUCUCGGCAUCUUCAGCAGCAUCAUCAUGUUGAGCUCCCUCUUCCUCCUGAAGGCCCUUCUUGCUCUUGGGUCCCUGCCGUCCUGGGUGGCUGCAGAAGAGCCUGAGGUUGGCGGUGAAUGUCCUCCCGACCCCCUUCCAUGCAACAAGCUGUGCGAUGGAGACUACUCCUGUCCUCAGGGGCAUAAGUGCUGCAGCACGGGCUGUGGGUACACCUGCCGAGGAGACAUUGAAGGAGGACGGGCUGGUGAUUGUCCUGAGGUUUUGGUGGGCCUGUGCAUAGUCGAAUGCUUCGCGGACGAGGACUGUCCAGCCGGGGGAAAGUGCUGCAAGUCAGGCUGCGGGCACUUCUGUUUCCCACCGGUUCUGAAGCCCGAACUGGCCAUGGACCCUAACAAGACCAUGAAUUAGAGACCCCGGUGCCCUAGCCGUUCUGAUUUGUCCUGAGCUUCUCUGGUGACUCCAAGGGGCUUGUCCUGGAAGCCGGGAGAGGUGCUGUCCUGGGCUCAUGAUGCACUCAGGGGCGUCAUUACCUGCUUCUGUUCCUGCUGCCUGAGCAUAAGAAACAGCCUGGGGUUGGGGAAUGGGGGUAUGGUGCUUCUUGUCCCCAAUAAAGGCUGGUGCUGA